AUGGCCGAAGUACAAUCUCCCAUCGCGGCCGUCAAGGUCGAGGCCCUGGUGGUGAUGAAAAUCAUCAAGCACUGCAACCAGACCUUCCCGACUACCGCGACUGGCGCCCUCGUCGGUAUGGACAUUGAGGGCACCCUCGAGAUCACCAACUCUUUCCCUUUCCCCGUUGUCGAGCUGCCCACCGAGUCGCACUUCGACAAUGCCACCCCGAACCCCGCUGCCUCUGCUCCCCGCGUCAAGGCCAACGCCGCCUACCAGGCAGAGAUGAUCCGCAUGGUGCGCGAGGUCAACGUCGACGCUAACAGCGUCGGCUGGUACACCAGCGCCAACAUGGGCAACUUCGUCAACAUGAACGUGAUCGAGAACCAGUUUUUCUACCAGAAGGAAUUGAACGAGCGGACAGUCGCCCUUGUCCACGAUGUUAGCCGCAGUGCCCAGGGCAGCCUCAGCCUGCGCGCUUUCCGCCUUUCCGCCAAGUUCGUCGAGGCUUUCAAGGAGAACAAGUUCAACUCCGAGGAUCUCCAAAAGUCCACCCUUCGCUACCAAGACAUCUUUGACGAGCUCCCCGUCGAGAUCCACAACUCGCACCUGAUCACCUCCUUCAUCCACCAGCUGCAGACCCCCUCCGCUGCCCCGACCGACCUUCCCCCCUCGCUCGCCGCCCUCGAGGCCAGCCCCUACUCCAAAUCUUCCAUCCUCACCCCCAACUUCGAUAACCUGGCGCUCAACAUCGACCCUUACCUGGAGAAGAACUGCGACCUCCUCUUGGACAGCAUCGAGGCCCACAACACCGAGACCAACAACUACCAGUACUACCAGCGUGUGCUUGGCCGUGAGCAGCAGAAGAUCAACAACUGGAAGCAGAAGCGCACCCAAGAGAACGCCACCCGCUCCGCCCUCAAGCAGCCCCUCCUCCCCGAGGACGAGUGGCAGCGCCUCUUCAAGCUCCCCGCUGAGCCCAGCCGCCUGGAGAGCAUGCUCAACACCCGCCAAGUGGAGCAAUUCUCUCGCCAGGUUGAUGCUUUCGUCUCGGCCACUACCGGCAAGAUGUUCGCCGCCAAGGGCAACCUGCUUCCCGGUGAGGUUGCUAAAUAA